GCUUUUGCCAAAAGAGAGAGAGAAGUUGCAGCAAAGAAGCGAUGGGUAGCUACAAGUACUGUCUCUGUUUCACGAGGAAGUUCCGGUGGAGCGCGGCGGAGCCGCCGGCCGACGUGAAAGAAGCUUUCGACGAGCUCUCAGAAGGCGGAUUACAGAUCGGGCCGGAGCAGUUCUGCCGCUUUUUGGCGGACAAGCAGGGAGAGACGAUCACCACAACCGCGGAUGCUGAGCGGAUCAUUGAACAGAUCCGGCAACAGAGGCACCGUUUGCUUAUCGGAAAGGUCUCACGACCUAUUCUCUCGCUUGAGGAAUUUCUUCACUAUCUCUUCUCAGAGGAACUCAAUCCUCCUCUGCAAUCUAAGGUUCAUCAUGACAUGACGGCUCCUGCAUCCCAUUAUUUCAUAUACACCGGCCAUAAUUCAUACUUAACUGGGAACCAGCUUAGCAGCGAUUGCAGUGAUGUGCCGAUCAUAAAAGCUUUAGAAAGAGGUGUGAGAGUGAUUGAACUGGACUUGUGGCCAAACUCUACGAAAGAUAAUAUAAAUAUCCUUCAUGGAAGGACGCUUACUACCCCCGUGGAUAUGCUUAAAUGUUUGAAGUCCAUCAAAGAAUAUGCCUUUGUUGCAUCACCAUACCCAGUUGUCAUAACCUUAGAGGACCACCUUACUCCUGAUCUCCAGGCUAAAGUUGCAGAGAUGGUCAUUGAAACAUUUGGAGACAUGCUGUAUUACCCAAACUCAGAAACUGUUGUAGAAUUUCCUUCACCUGAAGCUCUAAAGAACAGGAUUAUUCUCUCAACCAAGCCUCCUAAAGAGUAUCUUGAAAGUAAGAGCUCCAAGGAGGAGCAUGAAUCUCAAAAUGGAAAGGCAUCUCUCGAGGAAGAAGAAUGGGGAAAGGAAGUCCCAGAUCUGAACACACAAAUUGAAUCUUAUGAGCGUGGAGAUCACAAUAGCGAUGAAGAUGAAGAUGAAGAUGAUGAAGAAGACGAUGAUGAAGAUGAGCUAAAGAAGAACCAACCUCGAGCUCUAGAGUAUAAACACCUUAUAACUAUUAAGGCUGGGAAGCCUAAGGGUUCCUUAAAGGAUGCGCUAAGAGUGGAUCCUGAUAAAGUAAGGCGUGUAAGUUUGAGUGAACAACAACUUGUAAAGGCUGCAGCUUCUCUUGGGACUGAUUUAGUCAGGUUCACUCAAAAGAAUAUACUUAGAAUUUAUCCAAAGGGCACACGUGUUAGGUCUUCUAAUUACAAUCCAAUGACUGGUUGGGUACAUGGUGCUCAGAUGGUUGCCUUCAACAUGCAGGGAUAUGGUAGGUCACUUUGGUUGAUGCAUGGAUUCUAUAAAGCCAAUGGCGGGUCUGGAUAUGUGAAAAAACCUGAUUUCUUGCUGAAGGAAGGCCCUAAUGGUGAAGUUUUUGAUCCCAAAGCACUUUUGCCUGUGAAGAAAACGUUAAAGGUCAAAGUGUAUCUCGGGGAUGGUUGGCGGCUUGACUUCAAGCAAACACAUUUUGACACAUACUCUCCACCUGACUUUUAUGCGAAGAUUGGAAUAGCUGGAGUUCCAGCUGACAGCAUAAUGAAGAAAACAAAGGCUAUAGAAGAUAACUGGGUGCCAGUCUGGGAUGAAGAAUUCACUUUUCCUCUCACAGUACCAGAACUUGCAUUACUUCGAGUCGAGGUGCACGAGUACGACAUGUCUGAAAAGGAUGAUUUCGGAGGACAAACCUGCCUGCCAGUCUCCGAGUUGAGACCGGGAAUCCGUGCCGUGCCGCUCUUCGAUCGGAAAGGUAUGAAGUUCAAGUCUGUCAAGCUUCUUAUGCGCUUCGAAUUUGUUUGAGAUUUUUUUAUUUAUUUUUAUUUCUUUCUGUUGUGUUUAUUUAUCUGAAGCCUUGCAUGUUUGCUGAAAUGAGUGUAUUUACUGCCUUUGUGCUGUAUUCUGUUUUUUGUAGUACUUAAAACUGUUGUACAUAUUGUUGUUAAGUCCAGGAGUUUUGGAAGAAUGAAAAUUC